CAUCGUUGCCGGUGUACAUUCUAUAAACAAAGUCGCCAUGUCUGAACCCGCCGAACAAACAUCACCUAAGCCAGGUUUUACCCGCGGUGGCUUUGCACCUAUCCCUCACCGCCAUUCCGACAUUGCGCCUCUUCCCAGCACCACUUCUCCGACUCUAGCCAUGGCGCUUUCACCUUCACGCGUUGAAUGGGAGAGGGGAAGAGGGAAAGAACGAGAGCUACCUCGACGAGAACUAGAUCCGGAGCCUGAGGAUAGGGAGCGAAGGCGGGAAUGGGAUGAGUACCCGCCCCGAAGGGAAAGCCGCGGUCACUGGGAAGACGACUUUGACCGACCAAAACGCCGACGGUCACCGUCGCCUCUCGGGCCUUCUCACCGUCCCCGACUCAACUCUCCUUCGCCUCCUCCACCGCGAUUCAACAUUCCUGACCCUGCGUCAAUCGAAACGCUUCUCCCGUUUAGGACUUUUGCCGAGUGGUUCAGGACAAGUCACCCGCAGACGGCCAGGGUGGAUGAGGAGGAGACAAGAAAGCACAAAGAGAUGAUUGAGAGUGGGCAAGCGACGGAACAAGAGGCAAAAGAAAAAGUUGGCAUGGCGAAGCGGUAUGAGAGGUAUCGAAAGGAGUUUACAUCUCGCCAGCUUUAUGCUCUUUUCCUUACACAUCGCGAUUCCGCCUGGUUCAAAGAAAAAUAUCUUCACUUUCCCGAAUACGUUGCACUCCGACGCAGACUUAACCGUCAAGGUCGUAUCCCUCAAGUCGCGCAAUACAUUUCUGAACUUCGGUCGGGUGCCCACGACCACGUAUCAUACGAUCAGAUCGAGGAUGUCCCCGGUGUAAAGCUCGACGAAGACGAGCCAGAAGGUUUGAACAGAGCACUGGGUGAUAAGGGAGAAUGGGGAGAAGAUGGCGCUGUGAGAGUAGAGAUUGCACCAAGGACGAAGCAAGUCUUUGUCAAGACUGUUCCACCUAAUUGCAGUCGCAAAGCCCUUGAAGAUCUUUUUUCCAGAGUGCCUGGAUUCCAGUGGCUCGCGAUCAGUGACCCAUCUCAGAAGCGAAGUUUUCAUCGAGUAGCCUGGGCACAAUAUGCCGAAGAUACGGACGUUUCCAAAGUAAUUGAGCAGCUUGAUUCUACAAAGAUUGAAGGAUUCACAUUCCACCUCACGAUUAAUACCACACCCACCAUCGGCCGCGUCCGUAUUGCUCCGCUCAGUGUCAGUAAUCUUGAUCGACUUUUACUUGACGGCACAAGAGCCAAAUCCCUUGCCCUCAAGCUGGAAGAAGAAUUAUUGGGCGAUGAUGAAGAGUCGGUUGUUGAGGGUGAAGGUGAAAAGACGAAGCCGGAAGGCGAUGUCAAGGUGGAGGACGAGGCGGCUGAAGAAAAGCCUAAAGUGGCCAAGUCUCUGGGUCUCAGUGAAAAGGGGAGUGAUGUAGUGGAAGAGAUCAUUAUGAAAAUGGUCGAAGAACGAGGGUUAACAGGGGAAGACUUGGACGAGGAACAAAAAGUUCAAAAGGCCAAAAUCACUCUCGAUCAAUGGAUCGCCUACCUCCGACACGGUCUCUCCACAUGUUACUACUGCAUCGCCCCAUGUGCGUUUAUGGAAGAGCUCCAACGUAAAUGCAUUGCCCACGUCCGAGCCCACCCUUCGUCGUCCACCGCUGAGCACGAGCACGAGCAUGAGCAUGAACGUGAGCAUGAUACGGAGGAACAUGCCCGAGCAGAGGUGGAGGACGUCGUAAAGUCUGAAGUUGUUGACGGCGCGGACGGUGGUACCGAGCUCAAGGCCGAGGUGGAGGUCGAGAAGGAGGAGGAGGAAAAGGAGGCCGAGGGAGAGGAAGUGGGAAAGGAAGUGAACGAUGACGAUCGCGAGAUGCGUGAAGAUGGUCAAGAUCAGAGCAAGACUCUCCCCGCCGCUCAUCCCUCCAACGCCGCCGCCAACGACCGAUCCGACCGUGAAAGGGAGCGCAAAUCGCGGAAAAACACUUUCCCGCAAAAGACAGCCGAGGAAAAAUGGAUCGAAUCUCAUGAUCUUCGAAUCGCACCCCUUCUCAUCCCGUCUGCUGCUCUUAACCUUCCAGAAGAGGAAGGUGGUUUACGUCUAGGCGAUUAUGGAGGUCGUGAUCCGGAAGAGGAGUUGAAGAAGCUGUGUGCGCCGUUGAUUAAGCAGGAGGAGCAGAGCAAGUAUAGGUGCAAGGAGUGUAACAAGCUGUUCAGGGCGCCCGAGUUUGUGAUCAAGCACAUUACGACGAAGCACACGGAUGUGACACAGGGACGGAUCGAUGAUGUGCUGUAUCUCAACAACUUUGUGCUUGACCCGCAACACAUCCAGCCUUCCGUCUCCACCCUCGCUGCGAUCGACGACAAGCUUCCUGCAUCAUCAUCGAACCCACUCAACCCUUCUCACCCUUCAUCUCUCCCCCUCAAUCCAUUUGAUCCUUCUGUCGCCGGCGCGGCGUUUAACCACGCGCAGAUGAACGGUAUGCCCAUGAGUAUGGGUAUGGGUAUGAACCCCGGCGGCGGACACGGUACACCGAGCGGCCAGGGGCACGGACAGUUUAAUCUGAUGCAGCAGCAAAUGAUGAUGAUGCUUCAGAUGCAGCAGGCGAUGAUGAUGGGUCAGAUGGGGAUGGGCAUCGGCACAGGAAUGGGUGGAGGGACGGGCGGCGGCGUAAACGCGAGCCCGAUGGCGGCUGGUUCCGGUGCCGGUGUCGGUGCUGGCGGGGUGGGAGGAGGAGGAGGAGCGAUGUCAACUCCGUCAAGAGGGGGAGGACAGUUGGCAGGUAGGAUGGGAGGAUACGCACCCAGUCCAGCGAAUCUGGCGCCGCUGCCGCCUCCUCCGCCUGGAGGAGAAGAUCCACGAGCUAGGAGAGGGAGGGUGAGCUAUCAGGAUUUGGACGAGCCUGGAGCAGGGGGUGGGGGCGGAUUGCCUUAUUAGUAGUCUUCCGCGGCGGCGCGGCGCGGGGCGAUUGCGAUGUAGAUUCGGGUUUGGGUAUAGGUAUAGGAGGGGUUAUGGAUGAAGAUAGUUGGAUCAAAAGAAGACGCAUUUAUGCAUAGUUAUCAGUUGUUAUUCAUGUCACGUCAAGCCAAGUCAAUUUUUAACAUCAAGUCGGUCGUCGAAAAAG